CGUGGAGUAACCUGGCGAUUUAAAAGCCGCCGGCUGGCGCGCUUGAGGUGGGGGAGAGAGAGGGUGCGCCUGGAGCCAGGAUCUGAGUGAUGAGAUGUGUCCCCACCGAGGUGCCCUGGAGCAGCAGGCGUUUGGCAUGGGCUGAGAAGCUGGACGUGGACCAAAGGGCUGGCAGACAUGGGCUCCUGGCUGAGUCCUAGGCAGCUGGUGGUGUUGAGGAGGAGAGGCCUCCACGUCUGGAGCAGCACGGAGGCGAAGCAGGGCUGGAGUGCCUGAACAGCCCACCAUGGUCCAGAGGCUGUGGGGGAGCCGCCUGCUGCAGCAUCGGAAAGCCCAGCUCCUGCUGGUCAACCUGCUGACCUUCGGCCUGGAGGUGUGCCUGGCCGCAGGCAUUACCUACAUGCCUCCCCUACUGCUGGAGGUGGGGGUAGAGGAGAAGUUCAUGACCAUGGUGCUGGGCAUCGGCCCGGUGCUGGGCCUGGUCUCGGUCCCACUCCUCGGCUCAGCCAGUGACCAGUGGCGCGGGCGCUAUGGCCGCCGGAGGCCCUUCAUCUGGGCCCUGUCCCUGGGCGUCCUGCUGAGCCUCCUCCUCAUCCCGAGGGCCGGCUGGCUGGCAAGGCUGCUGUGCCAGGAUGCCAGGCCCCUGGAAUUGGCCCUGCUGAUCCUGGGUGUGGGGCUGCUGGACUUCUGUGGCCAGGUGUGCUUCACGCCACUGGAGGCCCUGCUCUCUGACCUCUUCCGGGACCCAGAUCAGUGUCGCCAGGCUUUCUCCGUCUACGCCUUCAUGAUCAGCCUUGGCGGCUGUCUUGGCUACCUCUUGCCCGCUAUUGACUGGGAUGCCAGUGCCCUGGCACCCUACCUGGGCACCCAGGAAGAGUGCCUCUUUGGCCUGCUUGCUCUUAUCUUCCUCACUUGCAUGGCAGCCACAUUGUUUGUGGCCGAGGAGGCAGCGCUGGGUGCCCCCGAGCCGGCCGAAGGGCUGUCGGCCCCCACCAUGCCACCCCGCUGCUGCCCCUGCCGCGUCCGCCUGGCUUUCCAGAACCUGGGCACCCUGUUUCCCCGGCUGCACCAGCUCUGCUGCCGCAUGCCUCGCGCCCUGCGCCGACUCUUUGUGGCUGAGCUGUGCAGCUGGACGGCCGUCAUGACUUUCACGCUGUUUUACACGGACUUUGUGGGCGAGGGCCUGUACCAGGGUGUGCCCAGAGCUGAGCCAGGCACCGAGGCCCGGAGACACUAUGAUGAAGGGGUCCGGAUGGGCAGCCUGGGGCUCUUCCUGCAGUGUGCCAUCUCCCUGGUCUUCUCUCUGGUCAUGGACCGGCUGGUGCAGCGAUUUGGCACCCGGACAGUGUAUCUGGCCAGCGUGGUGGCUUUUCCUGUGGCUGCCAGCACCACGUGCUUGUCCCGCAGCGUGACGGUGGUGACUGCCUCGGCCGCCCUCACCGGCUUCACCUUCUCGGCGCUGCAGAUCCUGCCCUACACGCUGGCCUCCCUCUACCACCGCGAGAAGCAGGUCUUUCAAGCUGGAUUUUGGACUUUAUCCUGGAAGCAGCAGAGAAAUCAAUCGUUGGAGACUUUUAAACAGAUGGGUGACAUAAUCAAAUGUGUGUUUUGGGAAGUUUCCUUGUGGUAACGUGGUGGACAGACUGGCAUGCCUGCAUACCGAGAGACAAGUUAGAAGGCUACUGCAAUAGUCCUAGCAAGAAAUGGUGAGAGCCUUGAGGAGGAACAUGAGGAAGGGACAGAUGUGAGAGGUUCUGAACGUAGGUGCACAGGUCGUGGUGACCAAUCAUCUGUGUAGGAUGAAAAAGAAGUUUUUAGGGAUGACUGAGGUAUCUGGGUAAUGCUUUCAACUGAAAUUGGGAAAGAGGACCAGGUUUGGUAUAGGAGGUACAAGUAAUGAGUUCAAGUUGUAUAUUCCGAACAGAGGUGACUUGGGGACAUCUGGGUGAGAAAUUCUGCCGGUUACUGGAAACAUGGAUCCAGUGCUCAGGGGAGAAGUCAGGGUCAGAAAUAGCGGUUAGGGGUUAAUAGCACUUGGGUGGUAAAUGAAGUCUUGGAGAGAAUGAGGUGCCUCCUGGAGAGUGUGUUGAGGGACAAGAGGCCAGGGAUAGAAACUAAGGCAAGGACAGAAGCCAUUCUUCAGAGCUGGUAGAAGAGAAGCCCUGAAAGAGAGAAGAAAACUGACCAGAGAGACAGAAGGAAAAUCAUGGAAACCAAGAGAGGCAAGUGUUUUAGGGUGGAAAAGGCUAGUAGUGCCAGAAAGGGGCACUUAAGUCUAUUUUAGAGCUUGGGGGAGUUUUACCUAACAAGAUGACAUCUAAGCUGGUCGUGAGGAUGAAUAGGAGAUGGCAAAUGGGAUAAUGUCUGAAAAGGGGGAUGUCAGAUUUGACAAUCAGGAUGGCUGCAGCCUUUACUAGAGAAGUCAAUGGUGGGGACAAGACAGUAAAGAGAUUUACUGAAGAGUGACUAGAAGGUGAGACAGUGUAGGUGGCAAAUAUAAACAUUAUUUUAUUAAAUUUGAUUCUGAGCAGAAGGAAAUAGAGGGAUAGGCUGAUAGUUGAAGGGGGGAGUUUUCUUAGGAUGGUGAGACUUGAAUGCAUUUACCAGCAAAAGGAUAGGGAGGUGAGAGACUAAAAAUUUGAGAGGCAAUAAUGGAUGGAGCAAGGCCAUGGAGAGGUGGAAGGAAAUGGGCUCAAGCUUUAAUCAUACUACACUUCUCCAUGUCAGGGAGUUUUAUACCACUGAGUUUUGCUAUGCCAAUCCCUUAGCCUAGAGUAUCUAUUGAUUUAUUAAGCAUUUACUCAGCAGCUACUGGGGCAGGGAUUGCACUGAGUUCUGGGACUGCAGUGGUAAACAAGACUGAGGUUCUCCUCUCAUGGACUCAGUACAAAGGGCUGAAGAGGUGAAAAAGAAAUUUCAAAUCAGCGUGGUGAGAGCUGCAAGAAGGGUUAGCACUGGACAUGAUGGGAGCUCCUUGGAGGGCACCCAACCCAGGCUAAGUGCCUGGAGGAUCUUCCUGAAGUAGGCAACAUGUGAGCUGAGACCUGAAGUAGGGGUUAGGCAGGUGGGGGAGUUUGGGGAAGAAGUAAUUCCAAGCAGAAUGUUUCCCUACACAUCCCCACCCCAACUUUCUCUAAAUCCUAGACACCCUGUAGUGUCCAGGAGGCUCCUCCUGGGCCUCCUUCUCCCUACUCCCAGCACAUAAAUUUUACCCCAACCUAACCCCCCCCUCCCCUUUCCUAUAGCAUAGUGGCUUUUACCCCCUUGAUGAUUACAAACUUCUAAAGAGAAGGGACUGGUCCUAGUAAUCUUUGUAUCUCCAAAAGUAGCUAGCACAGUGCUCAGCAGAUGGUUAAUGCAUAAAAAAUAUUUUUUGAUUUGAAAUAGUCUUAGGCACAAGGACCUCUAUUAUGGCUAAUAAGAUCUCAUGAGGACCACUGGCAGGGGUGAGGCAUAGAGAGGAAAAGGGAAAAGGGGAGAGGAAAAAGUAGGCAUAGGAAUAAAAGUAAGUGUGAGAGAGCAAGAGAGAGGGCAAAGGAAAGAAAAAGAGAACAAGAGAAAGAGACAGGGAGGGGGAGAAUGGAAGAAGUUACAAAGAGAAAAUGACAAACUAUAUACACAGUGGGGAAGGGUAAAUUCCAAACAAAUUCUAAACACAACUCUUUGUUCCAUGAAACCUUGUCUUUGGAUUCUCUUCUGUUAUGGGGAGAACCUCAAUACUCCCUCUGCUUUAGGGGUGUCCCGUUAGAAUCUGAUUCCUAGUCAUGUUCAAUCAGUUACAUACAUCACUGCUGCAUUUUCUAAGAAGCAGGGAAGAAGCCAGGAGAAAGGGAUGAAAAAAGCCCCACAGACUAGACAGAAUUCAAAUUUUCUUCCCUCAAGAGUCUAAAGGAGGGAGGCCAGUAGCUGUGUCACAUUUCUGAGGUGGGUGUACAACUCAUAAGCUAAGUCCUCCAGUAUAGCAAAAACUAAAUUUGUUUUGCCACUGGAUAUAUAAAGUCAGGGAGAAAAAAGGUGGCAAUACACAUUCUGGAAUUGGCACCAAGGCUUUCAAACUCCACCUCUUUCAGGAAAUGUUCCUUAACGUGUGGAAGGCGGUACUUUUUCUCCCUCUCCCAGCCGUCCACGUCCCUUCCCUUCCCACAAAACUAAGCCCUAUUUAGAACCGUAUUUAUCUAUUCAUCAGCCUGAUUUUGCCUCCCACAUCAUCUCUGGAUCUACAGCUGAAGUCUUUGUCUAUGUCAACAGGAUCAAAAGAGAUCAUGAAAGAACUCUGAAAACUGUGUAAGUCGUGGAUGGCGAUGAUGUUCUCUGUGGGUGUCAGUGUCAUCAAUCCAAGAUUGAAAAUUUCCUGGAAAAAAAAAAUAAACAAGGUCUCUUUGAAUUUCUUCUAUAGUAAGCAGCAUAGUAUCAUAUGUUGGUGAUUCCAGAAUUAAUUUGAAUUGAAGAUAAAAAAUUUUCCAGCCAGCGAUCAAGUAUAUGAGGGAAAACACACACACACAAACUUCUGGCUUAAAAUUCAGAGCAAUACGUGUCCUAUAAGAAAUUGGUGAAACCAUCCAGAAUCUUAAGCAGUUACACAAGAGUUAGGUUUCAUGAGCUUUUGUCAAUUAAGUAACAUCUUUCCAAAGAGCCAUUAGGAAUAAUCAGUUACCUUCUCUUUCUUGCAUACAUACCCUCUGUCAAUUUUCAUAAGCCCAGAAAAAGUGCAAUUAUCAAAUAAAAUUAUUUUUGAUUAAAAAUACUAGCAUAAGAGGAAAGUAGUAGACUGGGUAUAGAGACUGAAGUUGAAAAUUAUGUGACGUUAUUUUUGAGGUGUGUUUUUGGUGGGUCAUUAAACAUAUUAGAUAGUUGUUAUUGCCUUAGGCAUGUAAAUGCAAUAACUCAUGUCUUGUCAUGUCCUUUCUUGGGAAGUAAUGUGUUGUGUGAAGAGUACAGCUAGAGCUGAAGGAUGUUGCUAGGAGCUUACCUUAUAGUCUAUAGAGAUGAUACUUUCAAGGGUUUUUCUCUGGAACUUGACUAGCCUUUGCUUAUAAGUCUUUUGGGGGAUGAACUUUGUUCAGAAUAAGAGCCUGAGCAUAAAGAUAUUUUUAACCAUCAUUUCACUGGUUAUAUGUGGUUAUAUUAGGGCCUUGAUCAGGAAUGCGGUUUUCAAGUGCUACCAGAUUCAACAUACAGCUAGCCAGCAUUUAAAACUUAAUAUUUUCAAAGACGACUUUUACUCUAAGAUUUCAAUCCUCACAAAUACAUUAACUAUAGGGCUACUUAACAAGAGCUCAAAGCAUAGUUUGAUCAACUGUUUUUUUCUUCUUUCAUUCUAUCCAUCUCAGACAAGAAGAGGAAGGUAUGAGUCUAUUUUUAAAGAUGUUGAAAGAGAAGCCCAGAAAGGAUAACUCAUAGGGAUUUUGUCAGGAGGAUCAAGCUUUGAGUUUAGGGAGUUCCAAAGCUAGAACCCAGAACUCCCUUAUUUUUAUUCUUUCAUCUCAGUCAUGCUGCAACUUGUUUCAUACAUAUCCCUGCUUGGGGUUGUUGGCGUUCUCUGACUUAAAGGAUAACUUAUUUCAUAUAUAGCAAGACACUGCCUGAAGGAUGUAACAGCCAAUCAGAUGGAUGGCUCCUUUCUUGCUCAGUCAGUCAGAGUCCAUGAAAUACUUCUUUAGGAAAAAAGGAAUGCUAACUGGGGGCAAUGACGAGGCAGUGAAAUAGAAGAGAAGACAGGGGAAGUUGCCUUGAGAAGAAAUGGUGAAGGCAAGGUAUUCUUGGAAUAGGAAAUGUAAUUAAAUAAGAAUAGGUUGAGGUGGUUGGGAUAACUAUAGUAGAAACAAUCAGGGCAGGUCAGGCAGAAACAUAUAUUUAAUAAUUUAAAUAAAAUCUGCAAAUUUUAUUCAGGCUGUCCUCUAGCGGCUAAGAUUGGGAGUCCAUCUAACUGAUCAAAAAGACAAUGAAAAAGCACUGUUUUUUUAGUUGACCAAUAUCCACCCAUGAAGUUUGCAAAAACAGAACCAUCUGUUGUGUAAGGAACCAUGGAGAGAUUCUGUUAUUUAUAGAAACCUGAGUGGCAAAACCAAGCACAUUAAUGAACUUUUUUUUCCCCAGUUCACUAAUCUGAAAUUCACUUUUCUAGUUUCUCUGCUGUCAACAUGUACCCUGUUUAAAUAAAAAAAAAAAAAACAUUCUAUUUGAAAGCAGACAGACUUGCUAUGACUAAUUUAAGAACUCCCAACCAGACUUUUCCAAAAAUACGCUGCAAUUGACAACACUGUAAACUCAAGUCUAAAGGGGAUAUGAUACAACUACCAACCCUGAAGCUGAAUCAGAUUUUACUGCUAGUUUGGGUAGAGCAGUCUACAGACUCCCAUAAUCCUUACAAGUUCCUCCUAUGAGGUUUUAAAAUUAAACCUUCCUUUAAACAAAUGUUUCCAAUGGGUGAAUCUUCAAUGGACUACCUUAAUAAUUCUAAUUUUUUCCCCUCACUUUCUAAAAUGGAAGUGGUUGCAAAGAAAAUUUAUUUUAGGGGCCAAAGUUGCUAGUGCUUUGUAGAUAUCA